UCGGGACAUAAUCGCGGGCGGACCGUUCGGUGACUGCAGAACAAGCACUUGCCCUUAAACUUGCCUGCAGUGGAUUUGACCUAUUCUAUUAUACAUAUUAUAACGCGAUUAAGGAUAUUAAAACACCACGAUGUCUCUUGCGGCAGAGGCUUUCGCGUCGCAGAUGGCAGCUGCUGAGCCAUGGCCUGAAUCUGCAACCUUGUACCAACCCCUGAAGGAGGAUCAGAUUCUGCUGUCAGACUGUGCCUCAUCUCUGGCUGUUCAGGCCUACCUCAGGAUGUGUGGUCUACCUGUGCAGGUGGUUUGCAAAGCAAAUGCAGAAUACAUGUCACCUUCUGGUAAGAUUCCCUUUAUUCAUGUGGGGAACCAGGUGGUGUCAGAACUGGGGCCAAUAGUUCAAUUCACCAAAGCUAAGGGUAAUUCUCUGAGCGAUGGCUUGGAUGAUGUUCAGAGAGCUGAAAUGAAAGCGUACAUGGAGCUGGUCAACAACAUGCUGCUUACUGCUGAGCUGUACAUCCAGUGGUGUGAUGACGCUACAGCUGCUGAGAUCUCACGUCCCAGAUACAGCAGUCCUUACUCGUGGCCUCUCUGUAACAUCCUGGCCUAUCAGAAGCAGUGGGAGGUUCGCAGGAAGAUGAAAGCUAUUGGCUGGGGAGGGAAAAGCCUGGAGCAGGUUUAUGAGGAUGUGAGUCAGUGCUGCCAGGCUCUCUCCCAGCGGCUGGGAACACAGCCGUACUUCUUUAAUAAACAACCUACAGAACUAGAUGCGUUGGUGUUUGGUCACCUCUUCACCAUACUGACCACCAGGCUGACCAGCACUGAGCUGGCAGAGAGGAUCAAGAGCUACAGCAACCUGCUGGCCUUCUGCAGACGCAUCGAACAGACCUACUUUGAAAACAAGAGCUCUUGAAGAAACGACUCCUCUCUGUAUUAUCUCAUCUUGUACAUUCAACCCUUCCUCCUUCUCUCAUUCCCUCUCUGUAGCACCGAUGAGCUAAAAACUGCUUAUCUUCACAUACCUGUCCCCUCGUGAUUCUUGCAUUUCUUUCUCCGUUUUGCUUCAUGCUUGUUCGUUGUUGCAUGCUGCUGUGAGAAGUGCAGAGGGGCCAGUUAUUUUAAGGAUUAAGAUAUGUCCUCUGCAAAUAGAUAUAUAUUUAAUGUUACCCUAAAAAACAGUAAAGGUCAUUCUAAAAGGUAUUACCAACACAUGUAUACCACACAGAACAAAUAAUGACAUUUACGAGAACACACCGCUUUUAGUUUAACUGCUUCAGGAAGCUGGAAAUUAGUUCUAACAGACCAUGGAGCCUUUACAUUCCCAGAAUUAUGGGAAUAAAUAAGAAUAGUUAUGAGAGUAAUUCGACUCCUCACAGAUCCCAGAAGGAGGUCAGAUUUGUUGCAGAUGAUCUGACUGAUUAAGUGUCCCACUCAAGGACUUCUUAGCCAAGUGGAAGUUUCCCAACACAUGCUGAACUUACCUAUAUGCUCUUAUUGUUUGCUCUUGGUUACACAGUUUUCAAAUGUUCUCGUGCAUUUGCAGAUAUCUACAAACUCUUGAGAGAGGUUGGAUUGUACAACUCAAUGACAAGGCCAUCUUUCAGAAGGCAGGACUCCGCUUGAACUGACUGAAAAAUCACUGAUUUUGUUUUCCCUCCAGGAACUUCAGAAGCUUUUAAGAGCUGUGAGGCAGUGUUGUUUUUCUCCUGUACAUAAAAACAAAACACAUGAACAUAAUGAUGAACAGGAUGUGACUUAAUCCUCAGUUUUUCCACUUUUGUUUUCUUUGUGUGUGUUGAAGUGCCUACAGAAUAAAAGUCAUUAAAUUUAA